UGUUAACCGAAUUUCGAUUCACUAACAGACGAUGUUCAAAAUUGGUUUAGUCUUUGACAACUAGACCGUUUGUACCUGUACAGCUUAUUCUAAACUCCAUUUAUUCAUAUAUAUUAGCACUAAUUGUUAAUAUUUCCCACAGCUACAGAGCCAAAUACAUCUGGUGUGGCGGGGUAUGUUGACAUUCGAAAUCUCUCCCUCACCCUCUCCAAAAGCCUGAGAGGUUUUAACAACUCUUUUAAAAGUUAUUUAAAUAAUGUGAGUGACUCACCCACACAUGAUGAAAAAUAAUGACAGAUUUUUAACAGUUUUGUUCUCAUAAAGUGUGGCGUGCAACAACAUGACCAACACAGAAGACCAAUUCUGAAGACAUUUUUUGUUUAUGUUAACACGGGAUAAUCAAUUACCAUCACGUACUCUAUAAAUGUAUUAAGUUUUUCUUAACAAUCCAUGUAUUCAAACACCAGAGGGCGACAACACACUAGUAUUUUGCUCAUUUGGAAGUAAGGUAUCAUUUUAUUAUUUUUAGAUUAUUAAGGACUUUACCAUUUGGCAGAACUGUACUUUAAAAGUUUGAAAUUGUUUAUAUAAACCUAAAAUAUACGUAUAUAUAUUUGUACACAUUUAUUAAUAGGCUGUAGACGUUCAAAAUACUUCCCUUAUAUUCUCCUCUUACAUCAAUUCUGUUCAAGAUUUAAAAAUGUGUUGUUUUGAUGUUAUAAAAAUUGACAAUAAAACAAUAACUAGGGCAUAUUUCCAUAUAAUGCCCUGCCCAGAUGUUAUCGACAUGACCAGUGCACUCUAACGUUCAGUUGUGGAAAUGUGAAAUAUGUUUCAGCAUUGUGUUUGUUUUUCUUAUUUGGCACAACAAGACUUAGGUCUAUAGUAACCCAUACAGUCUAUGAUAGUAACAGCUGUAGCUAUGACUAUAUAUCACAAGCUAAAGACAGCUUUGCAAGUGAACUGUUUUGAGAGAAGGUUUUCUCUUGUGGUUUCAUGUGCCUCCACUGGUCAUGGGUGGGUCUCAUUUGAGUCCGUUUUGGAUGAUGAUGUUGUACUGAGGGACUGCGAGGCAGAGCUAAAAGGGAGCACUGUGCUGCAAAGAGGAAAUGGGCGUUCACCCUGGAAAGUUUGGAUGGAGUGACUGAAAAAGUAAAGGGGGUGGGACAAGCCUGGAAAGGAGAGGACCACCUAGAGGGGCACAACUUUGUGGUGUAGUGAGGCUGCCCAUAGGAUCUGAUUCAGAGGAGCAAGCAAUACACAAGGGAUCUGAAAAUGGCAUACCUCCUUAUGUUUGUGACCCUGCUGCACCUCAUCACACUGGCAAUGCUGUUCAUUGCAACCAUGGAGAAGUCCUGGUGGGUGUGGGAAGGCAUGGAGAACUCUGACCUGUGGUACAACUGUAGGGUUGACAACUUCACAGGGGCCUGGUUGUGUUCAUCCUCCAAAGAAUCUGAGUGGCUUCAGGCUGUGCAGGUACUGAUGGUUCUUUCAGUGGUCUUCUCCUCCGUUUCUUUCUUGGUGUUCCUUGGUCAACUGUUCACCAUGUCUAAAGGUGGUCUCUUCUACUUCACCGGGUUAUGUCAAGCCUUUGCAGGUUUUACCACCCUUUCCGCAGCUCUCAUUUACACACUACACAAUAAGGAAAUCCUUCAGGACUCCAGAGAGCUCACUGCAGGACACUUUGGCUACUGCUUCAUCCUGGCCUGGGUUUGUGUCCCCUUGUUGCUGUGUAGCGGGAUCAUAUACGUCCACCUGCGGAAGAAAGAGUGACCACAAAAGAACAGUCAAAGUACAACAGUCUGUAAUAAUUCAAAUACUAAAUUAAACGUAUGGUUGUUCAACAUAAAUGCUAACUCUGCAGGACUUACAUGUAAUGGAUGUAAAGGAUGUGUGUAAUUCUGAUUUCAAGAAAAUAUGAAUUAGAAUAUACAUAUCUAUAUAAUGUAAUGCUAUUUUUUGUGUUGUUUCUUUAUUUUUUAGAAUUACUUGGC